AUGGUCAUCGUCCACCUUUCGCGUAACCACUUUCCAUUUUACUGGUUACCGGUUACCACUACUUUUGCGGCGUUGUAUGUUCCCUUACUUGUCUUUGCCAACCAGGCUAAUUUUGAUCUGGAAAAGUCAUUGUCAUUUUCGUGUGAUCGUCCUUGUUACAAUGGCCUUUGUUUGAAUGGUUCUUGCAUUUGUUCGAAAGGUUGGGUUGGAGUUCAGUGUGAUCACUGUUACGGUCGUAUAAAGCUGACUGAAAAUCAGAGUCAUCUCAUUGAUGGGCCUCUCGACUACACUUCUUCUUCAAAGUGCACAUGGGUGAUAGAAAACGUGAACAAUACUGGAGCUUCAUUAAAUAUACGACUUGAAAACUUCCAAACAGAGUGUGGUUGGGAUUUUGUGUAUAUCUACGAUGGUGAUGGUGUUUAUGGCGAACAACUUGCAGCGUUUUGUGGCGAUCAACAAGUGCAGGAACUGAACGCACCAUCCGGAAAGGCUUUAAUAUAUUUUUUCAGUGAUCUAGCCAUGAAUUUGAACGGGUUCAAUAUUACGUACGAAUUUGAUAAAUGCCCAUAUAACUGCCAUGCCCAUGGACUGUGUCGAAAUAGCAAAUGUAUUUGUGAGGAAGGUUUUACGGGUACUUACUGUGAUAUGCGGACAUGUACUAAGGACGACGAGGGGAAGCCGGGACCAUGUUUGCAUGGUGGGAUCUGUAAAAAUCUCCGAUGCUCUUGUGCACCUUUUUACCACGGUGAGAAUUGUCAGGUUCAAAACAAACGGUCUGUUUGGGAUCGUAUCACGGUAGAUAGAGCCCCAGCGGGUCGUGCGUCUCAUGCUUCUGUGAUUAUUGAUGAUACGAUUUGGAGUGUAGGCGGUGAACACUUCAACGGUGUUUUAUUCGAAGACCCUGUUGUGUUUAAUUUAACAUCUCGGUUGUGGACUCCGAUAGUGGUUGAAGGAAAGUAUAAACCGGCUUCCAGAUUUGACCACACGCUUGUCCGAUAUAAAAUGAAGUUGUUCAUGUUCGGUGGUGUCGUCGGUCGAAAAAACAUUACGAGUGAACUUUGGAGUUUCGAUUUACAAACAAGGGAAUGGAGACUGGAAGGUGGAGAAAACAACAACAUAAUGCCCCUCACCUUUGCUGUCGUUCAAUCCACAAAGCAAGGGCUUAGCCCGAUUGUCUCCAAGAUUGGAAGGAGAAUCGACGAGAUUCUACUAGGAUGUAGAAUGCUGGUCGAGUCAAUUCUCCUUGCAAUACUGGAGACAACCGCGCUAAGAAUUGAAAUGGUUCUGUCUUUGGAAGCUGUUAAACUGUAUCCAAAGCUACUACGCAAAAUUCAAGAAUUGGGAAGCAGUGUAGUUCCUCCGCUGUCUGUUGCUGGACAUAGUGCGCAUGUGAUUGGAUCGGAGAUGUUGAUAUUUUUCGGAUAUCAUCCUGAGAUAGGAUUCGUUCAUAACGUUCAGAUUUUCAAUUUUGAAAAUAGAAGUUGGCGAUUUGGGAAUGUAAAGGAUCAAGUAUACGGACGGUUUCGACAUUCUUCUGUUCAAUACAAAAUGGAUACGGGUGAUGUUAUCUUCAUAUAUGGAGGGACGAUGUGGUCGAAGACGCAGAACAAUCUCACGGAUAGUUUGAUGAAAUAUGAAGUAAAAAAUGAGAAAUGGACUAAUCUUCCUCCUUCUGGUAUACAACUAUUUCUACAUACUGCAACGAUCCUCAACGGCCUUAUCAUAGUGGUUGGCGGAAGUGGUUACAAUACAAGUGAAUCUCGUUCAAAACAAGAAUGUUUUUCAUCAAUGGUUCAGGUCUAUGAUAUUGCCUGUAAACAGUGGUAUAAUAUUUCUUCUGAUGCUACUGAACUAAGGCGGUAUGGGCACACUGCAGUAGCAACUAAUGAUGAGUUAUUCAUAUGGGGUGGAUUCAAUGGGAGGAUGUUGAAUGAUGUUUGGCGACAGGCGCAACAAAUAUGUGACAAGCAAAUUGACUGCGUAUCGUGUAUUUCUGAACCUGGAUGUGGUUGGUGUCCUACAGGAGACCAGUGCCUUCCUAACGAUCGUGAUUGCCUUGAUGGACAGGUAAAGAAGAAUAAGCAUGCUUCAUUUGUUCGAAUUUAA